GAGGAAGUAAGUUUGUGGGCGAGAGAGAGAGAGAGUGAGAGAGAGUCAGUCUUCACCUGUUAGCGCCGCCAUCACCGACAGUCAUUUAGACACCGCCUCAGUCGUUCCGCGCUGUCUGGUCUCAGUAUGUUGCGUCUUUUGGCCUCCGUCUGCCUCCUGUGUGCCGCCGCUGUUUUCGCUCAGCAGGACGGCUGUAACUGGGACUCUAACGCGGAGGUGAAACAGGGACUCUCGCCGGACUCUCUGGACGCGGGCGCCACCUACGCAGCUCACCUGCCGGAGGUGCAGGAGGACGGCCGCUGCCGAGAGGAGUGCUGCCGGAGGGAGGACUGCCAGCUGGCCCUAAUCGGCACCCCGGCGGACGGCAAGCCCGAGUGCUUCCUGGUCAACUGCAUGAAAGAGGGCAAAGAUGUUUGUGUUUUGUUGCCGAGCACUCAGUUCAGAUCGUACAGGAAGAGCUCCGAGAGCCAUCAGCUCAAGCAGAGGAGCGACACUCGCUCCUCCACCAGCUCCAACUCCAACUCCACAGAUAGGUGCCGUUAUGAAAAAGCUGUGGGUCCUUGUCGGGCUGCCUUCCCCCGAUUCUACUACGAUGUCACCAGCCAGACUUGUAAAUUGUUCAUCUAUGGUGGCUGUAAGGGCAACGACAACAACUUCGAAACACAGGCAGACUGUGAGGCAAACUGUAGUGGAGUAACAGGUGAUGUCAUUGUUGACUCUCAAGAUUCCCCAAAGCGCAGAAUGGCUGGACCUGAGAAGAGUAAAGAUGAUUCUAAAGCUGCCCUGCCUGAAAUGACAUCAGAAGAAUUUGCAGAGAAGUGUCAGGCUGAACCAGGCGUUGGGCCCUGCAGGGCGUCCAUCCCACGUUUCUACUACAAAAGUGGCACCUGUAAGCAGUUCAUUUUUGGCGGAUGCCGUGGCAACAAGAACAACUAUGACUCAGAGGAGGAGUGCAUGAAAAGCUGCACUGUGAAGAUUGUGGAAUCAAAGAAAGAGGACGAUAAGGAGGACAUUGAGGACUACCAUGAGGCCUGUACUCCUCCGGCUGACGCUGGACUGUGCCGUGCAGCUUUCCAAAUGUUCUACUUUGAGCCCAGCUCUCAGACCUGCAAGUCCUUUACAUAUGGAGGCUGCGGUGGCAACAAGAACCGCUACGACACUGUGGAGGAAUGCAUGUCUAAAUGUGCUGGCAAGCAAGGGAGAAAUGGACGCUCUCGCUGGACUCCAGCCUUCUUCCUGGUGGCGACUCUGGCCAUCAUAUCGGUGAUUCUGCUGGUUGGUCUGCUCCUGAUCUCCUCUCGCCGGACCAGGCAGCAGCUGAUCUUUACACUGGACGACAAGCAGGAGCUCCUUCCCGAGGAGCAUGUUCCUGCAGAGGAGCUCCCCAAACCAAUUCUACACUAAAUGUCUGUCUGUCUGUCUACCUUUCUGUCUGUCUAUCUGUCUCUCUCUCAAUCUAUCUCUGUCUCUGCACUCCAACACUGUCUCACAGCCAGUUGCACAUGUCGAGUUUGGGGAGAAAAGAAUUGAGAUGUUGCUCUAGUAGAAAGGCACACUAUUACAGACUCUGAUAGACGUCUAGAAGCAAAGUAACCUUGUGAUGUGCUUUGCUAAUCAAAUGUCUACAAGAAAAAAUGAUAAUGUUCAUUCAGAAGAAAAGUUGAUUGGUAGGAUUUGACUCGUUAUUGUCCUUUAAAACACUAAGUGGCAAAAAUAAUCUCUCAGUAUGUUCUAUUAAACCAUCCCAAUGUCUUUCACACUGCCAUUUAAAGCAGCUGCCCCGUCAAACCUGGAAAUAAUUUAUGGAAAUGGAUUUAAUUUGUGUAUUAUAAAAGAUUACAUAAAUACUCCAGAUGAGGAGCUAGCAAGCUAGCAAGGCUAUGGAAGAGAAAAGCACACCAUACCAGCAAGAGUUAUAAAAACUUUUCAGGUUGACUUGUUGAAUGAUGAGGUACAAAUGUUUUUAACAUGGUUGAAAAUUCAUGCACUCCCAUGUUAGAAGGUAGAUAUAAAGGGUACAAAACAGGAUAUACUGAGCACGUCAGAAUGUAAUGACCCAGUAGCUUUUUUUAUGCAACACUACUGUUUUACUACUUUAAUUGCUAAUUUCUUGAUAAUUAUUAUUUUUUUGUGAUUAAUGUACACUUUAAUGAUAUUUUUCCUAUUUAAAUUCUGUUUUCAGUAAAAUUACUGCAUCGUUGAAAGCAAUAACAGUAAUAUACACAAGCAAAAAUUAAUUCUCAUUUUAAAUGUGUACACAAAUAAGUUGAACUGAUUUCCAUGGCAUCCUAUAGCAUAUGAGCAAAUAAUAAAAUUAUAAUGAUGUCCAGUUCUAUAGUAUAAAUAUAAUCUAAUGCUCCAGUAUGAUACAGACAUGGCCAAACUCAUAAUACACAGAUUAGACCUUGUUUGCAUCUCCAGUGUAGAUUUAACCCUAUUUAAACAAGGAGUGUCUCUAGGAAGAGCUGGUCAUGUGGAGUCCAUGAAUAUGCUUAUUAUUUCCAUUAUGUGCAAUUUUUAGUUCAUUUUCAAGAAUGAACUGAAAAUGUGCCAUUUAUUUAUCAACAAUAUAUGUACUUGAUGCCAUUAUGUAUAUAUGUACACAUGGUUUGGACAAUCUUACACUGUAUUUUUAUUCUCUGUUUUGCUGGUAGGAUGAUUAUCUUGUUCUUAUAGGAAUUGGAAAUGUAAGCUACUAUCUUUUGUAAAGCCUUGUGAUUAUUUUAAAAUCUACAAUAAUAAAGGAUAACUUUGUUUAGACUUUCA